CCCCCGCUCCCCUCCGGCUCCUCCCGCCGCCCGUCGCUCCCCGCCGUACCCCGCCGCCCUUCCGCUCGCCCUGCUCCUGCUUCUGGCCGGGCCACUCGGCGGGGCCCGCGCUUUGACAUGUCUGUGCUCUGACUGCAAACAAGCCAACUCCACGUGUGAGACGGACGGCGCCUGCAUGGUCUCUGUCUUCAACCUGGAUGGUGUCAAACACCACGUUCGGACCUGCAUUCCUGAGGCAAAAUUGAUUCCUGCUGGGAAACCCUUCUAUUGUCUGAGUUCAGAGGAUCUGCGUAAUACUCACUGCUGCUACUCUGAUUUUUGCAACAAAAUUGAUUUAAUGGUUCCCAGCGGACACCUGAAGGACAACGAGCCCCCAUCCAGCUGGGGUCCCGUGGAGCUGGUGGCUGUGAUUGCUGGGCCCGUCUUCCUUGUGUUUGUUGUCUUGAUCAUUGUAGUGUUUGUGUUCCAUCACCACCAACGAGUCUAUCACAACCGCCAGCGCCUGGAUAUGGAAGACCCUUCUUGUGAAAUGUGCCUUUCCAAGGACAAGACCCUGCAAGAUCUGGUCUAUGAUCUCUCCACCUCCGGCUCUGGCUCAGGCUUGCCUCUGUUUGUCCAGCGGACCGUGGCUCGGACAAUUGUCCUUCAGGAGAUCAUCGGCAAAGGCCGCUUCGGGGAGGUGUGGAGGGGCAGGUGGCGUGGAGGUGACGUGGCUGUGAAGAUCUUCUCUUCCCGUGAGGAGCGUUCCUGGUUCAGGGAAGCAGAGAUCUAUCAAACCGUGAUGCUGCGGCACGAGAACAUCCUGGGGUUUAUUGCUGCGGAUAACAAAGAUAACGGGACAUGGACUCAGCUGUGGCUGGUCUCUGACUACCACGAGCACGGGUCUCUCUUUGACUACCUGAAUCGCUACACGGUGACUAUCGAGGGCAUGAUCAAGCUCGCCCUGUCUGCUGCCAGCGGGCUGGCCCACCUGCAUAUGGAGAUCGUGGGCACUCAGGGAAAACCUGGGAUUGCUCACAGAGACCUGAAAUCCAAGAACAUCUUGGUGAAGAAGAAUGGCACGUGUGCCAUCGCUGACCUCGGCCUGGCCGUCCGGCACGACUCCGUCACGGACACCAUUGACAUCGCACCAAACCAAAGGGUUGGAACCAAACGAUACAUGGCCCCAGAAGUCUUGGAUGAAACCAUCAACAUGAAACAUUUUGAUUCAUUUAAAUGUGCUGAUAUCUACGCCUUGGGCUUAGUCUACUGGGAGAUUGCCCGAAGGUGCAAUGCAGGAGGUAUCCAUGAGGAGUAUCAGCUUCCCUACUACGACCUUGUCCCCUCUGAUCCUUCAAUUGAGGAGAUGCGGAAGGUUGUGUGUGACCAGAAAUUACGGCCAAACAUCCCAAACUGGUGGCAGAGCUACGAGGCACUACGGGUGAUGGGCAAGAUGAUGCGAGAGUGCUGGUACGCCAACGGAGCAGCUCGGCUCACUGCCCUCCGCAUUAAGAAAACCCUCUCCCAACUCAGUGUCCAGGAAGAUGUGAAAAUUUAGGCUCUGAGCUUCGGCAGGAGGAAACUGCACAGGAGCUGCUGUGCUAGAGUAGACGUGUGAUGGAGGCCUACCUCGUGUUUCAGCCCAACCUACUGCUACAACCAGACAGCGGGACCUGCAGGCUGCUAGGCAGGGGGACGGAACCUACAGAACCGCUCUCUUCCCUGCUUGGGUAUGAAACAAUCCGAAACCUUUUGUGAUCACCUCCUGAGAGCGUGGAGACUUGAGAGGGACUUCACCCAAGGGAUCUCAGCCAUGAUCCUAACUCUUUGUUCCUUGAAAGGAAAUCCCUGUAAAGUUCAGCGUGCAUUGAGCACCCGUUGGCAGGGUCGGAGCCAAGCCCGGGUGCCGGGAGUGGGAAGGGAAAGGGAAGGUUUUUCUUGCCGUACUCUUGAGGAUUUUUCCAGGGACUGGCACGUUAAUGCAGAAAAAGCAAAACAAAUGGUGCUCUCUUCCAAGAGGCUGAGCCGGAACAGUUGAUCAGCUUCACAAAACCGUUCUCCCUCCUUUUCUUAAGCUUGAAAAAGUCCAGUCGAGCGCCCUGACGGCUGUCGGGGCGCGCCGGUGUCUGCAUGCGCGAGGUGCGCGUGUCCCUGUGCCUGGUCAUCUCCUCCAUAGCCGUGCGGUGUCUGCCUGUGGGUGGCUCAUCUCUGUCCGUGCUUCCUGUGCAUGUGCAAAUCUCGAGUGUCCCGUUCGUGAGCUGUUUGCGCUGGUGCUCUCCGUGCUGAGUCGUGAGCGUCGUGGAGCUUGGACAGGCUGCUGCAGAGCGGAUCCCUGGCUCCCCCGUGGGCCGUGCCCACUCCGCCGCCGGCUGCCACAACGUCCCGUCAGGUUGCCUCACUGCCGCCCCUUCCCUUUUUUAAGAUGAAACAAAUAAGGAACUGAGAAUCGCUCCUGGAAUCCAGGUUUUGUUUUUGUUUUUUUGUCUUGAGCCCCUGGGGUUUGUAGUUCUUGGUAGCGGGAAGAUGAGAUUUGUCAGAGAUGGAGCGGGUGCUGUGGCUGGCACAUGGGAAAUGCAGGAUUCAGUUCUCCUGGGAGCACAAUUCCCAGCUCCACCACCCAGGCAGAUUUCUAGGGGCCUGAUGCAGUGCUGCAGGCUGGGGAUAGAGUGGCUGGGCAGUGGCCAGGCAGACGGGACCUGGAGGUACUGCUUGACAGCGAACUAAACACGAGCCAGCAGUGUGCUCAGGUGGCUAAGAAGGCCAAUGGCUCCUGGGUGGAUCAGGAAUGGUGUGGCCAGCAGGAGCAGGGUGGUGAUUCUUCCCCUGUACUUGGCACUGGUCGAGCAGCACCUCGAGUGCUGUGUCCAGUUCUAGGCCCCCCAAUUUAGGAAGGACAUGGAGGGGCUGGAGUGUGUCUGGAGGAGGGCAGCAAGGCUGAUGAGGUGUCUGGAGCACAGGUCCUGUGAGGAAUGGCUGAGGGAGCUGGGAUUGUUUAACCUGGAAAAAGGAGGCCCAGGGGGCCUCAUCACUCUACAGCUUCCUGGAAGGUGGCUGUAGCCAGGUGAGGGUCAGGCUUUGCUCCCUGGAACCACUGACAGAACAAGAGGACACAGCCUAAGCUGCACCAGGGGAAAUUCAAGUUAGACAUCAGGAAAAAAUUCUUCACUGAAAGGAUGAUUGGGCACUGGAAUUGCCUGCCCAGGGAGGUGGUGGAGUCAUUGUCCCUGGACAUGUUAAAAAAAAGACUGGACAUGACACUCAUUGCCAUGGUUUAGUUGAUGAGGCGGUGUUAGAUCAGAGGUUGAGCUUGACAAUCUCAAAGGUCUUUUCCAACCUGGCUCAUUCUGUGUUCCUGUGAUCUGAGUUCUGGGGGUGCUCUGUACCUCCCAGAGGCACUGGGCAGGAUUGGGCAGGAUCUGACAGCAGGUGUGGGUUGGGAAAUCAACAUCCAUCUUUUUAAUAUAGAUGUAUAAAUAUCUCCUAAUGUGGAAGUGGCUGUGUGUCAGUGUGGGGUGGGGGGAUCUGCAUGGGUUUUCUUCUAAUUCAAUGCCAGGUGAGGGAGAGGUGGGGUGACUACAGCAAACUUGGAAGCGAGGGCUGUGGCUGCCAUGAUGACUUUGGCAGUCAGGAAAAGCUGUGGUGUGGAGGUCAGGUCAGUGUCUGCAGUAGAGAACUCUGAAGCCAUAACUUUUAACUGGAGUGGUUUUGAUUAUUGUUUUUUUUUUAAUUAUUAUUGUUAUUAUUAUUAUUAUUGUUUUCUGGGAGGGUCUGGAUUUUAACUUUUUUGAAUAUUGUUAAUUCUUUCUAAGAGCAGAAAAACAAUCUCUAAUUAUUACCUCUUGACCUGUUGGUUUGUAAAGAAAUCACUGCAAAAAAAAAAGAAAAAAAAAAGAAAAGAACCAAAUGCACAGCUCGAUUUACACUGGAACUGUUUCUACUCUGACCUUGCUCCUGCUCUCUAAGGUGAGGUUUCAUCUCUGCUCCGGCUGCCAGGGUUAAGUCUUUAUUUCAAUCCCUCUGUUCUUGCUGUCUGUGUCCCUGUCCAUGUGUCCUUCUCUCCCCGAUUCCCUGUGUGUCCAUGACUUUGUAUAAAGUGAGGAGCGUGGUUUUUGAAUCAUAUUAGGAGCCAUUUUGCAUCCUCCAAGAAGUUUUUGGUGGCGUGGAUCUGCCGUGGGAGCAGGGAUGGGGGUCCCCUGUCCCCUCCCAGCUUGUCCUGAGUCCCAUCUCAGCCGGAGGUUCCCAGUUGCACGUGUCCCUAAAACCUGCACUUAAAAGCCGAACGGGGCACUUGCAAGCCCUAAGGACUCCCAGGCCAUUAGACCAGGCCCCUGGGCUGCCCUGGGAGCUGGGGGAAGGACAGAGGGGAUGUGACACAGCUGUAGGUACUGCAGGCUCUCAGCUGGGUCUCCCAUCCCAGUGACUGCAGGUACCCACGGAUGCCGUGGGCUCCGGAACUUGCACUGAACUCACCCCCUCCAACUGUAGCCACACUGCACCUGCCUCAGCUAAACCAAACAGCGGCCAGCCAGCAGGGCUGGGCCAGCUGGGACGAGGGAAGGGCAACGUCUUUAUGAGCAGGGUUUGAGAAAAAGCCUUGUUUCAAGAGAGAUGGGGAAAACCGAGCGGGAUCCUUGGCAGGAACGCUGACCAUGUAGCAUUUACACAGCACUUUGAUCAAACCGGUGCCCGGGGGUGCCAGUGCUUGCCCAGCUGACGGAGCACACGGGAAUUGCUGCCUGGCUCCAAAACUUACAGCAGCUCUGGGAAAAAGCAGCAUUGCAGGCAGUUCUGAGGGGAGCCGGGUGCAGGACAAGGAGGGGGUCCAUCAGCGGUACAUGGCUGCAGGACAGAACUCUUGGUACUUCUCUGCCCCUUUGAUUUGUUUGGUUUUGUACAUUUUCUUAGCAAAGGACUGUAAGAAAAUAGCCACUUAGCCACUUUACCUCUUCAGUAUGCAAAUGUACAUAUGGUGUAAAAUAGGAAAUCUUUUGUUUAAUAUAAAACCAGGCUGUCGAUUUCUGCUGUACAUUAUUAAAAGUUUGUUUUAUUCA